GUUUUCAGUUUCAGGUCUUUUGACUUUGACAAGACAUCAAAUGAACAUCGCCUUGGACCAAGGAGUAUCGCUAGAAGACGAAGAGAUGUCUCGUAUCACAUACUCACAGCCUACGAGAAAGCUUUCGAGAAAUUCGGUUUUUUUCUAGCUAGGCAAAGGCCCUUGCACAUCUUCUUCGUUUUACUAGUAAUUUUUGCUACAAGCUGCUUAGGUUUCAUUCGGAUAAACGUUAAGCCGCCGUCCUCGAAACAAUUUAUUGUGACUGACGGCCAAUCUAGAGUGGACUUAAAAGAUGCAGCACAAUUCUUUCCUCUUCUUGAUUCACGUCAGGAACAGAUUAUAGUGACUUCUAAACGUAAUAGAAACGUUCUAAACGAGGAAUGCUUGAAAGAAUCUUUUCUUGCGCACCAGGGUAUAUUGAACAUUAGUGAUUACCGAAGUUUGUGCGUCAGACGGCCUCCGUCAAAUGGCGACACAAGAGCAACCGACGCACAAGACUGCAUCGUCGGCAGUCCGCUGGAGUUAGCUGGUCCUAACUUCGAACGUUUAAGAAACUUUUCUUCAAUUCUGGCUCGUGAGUGGAAUAAUCCCAGGAGGAUACUUUCAGAUGGUCAGUCAUUGAAAACCUCUCACGCCCAGAUACUUGGUAAUUUUAAAGUCAAUAAUACAGCAGAUCCUCCAACUUCCCAGGCUGAAGCUCUUCGAAUUACCUAUUUCAUUAAAAAUCCAACAAGUGAGGAUGAGAAACAGAAAGUAAAAAGCUUUGAAGCGGCCUUUGAGAGCCACAUCUCGUCAUUAAGAGAUAGAUUGAAAUGCUCAUCGUUCUUUUACAAGAGUGGAAGAGCAACCGAUGAUGUUUUGCAACAAAUCUUAAAAGUAGAUAUAUUGGCGCUUUCUUUGUCAAUAUUAGUAGUUCUAUUUCUUUCACUUGUUGUCAUUUACUUUGUUUUCAGCAACUUGAGCUGUUUAACAACCGCUUUAUUCAUUUUCUCAGCUGCCUUGUUACCCUAUGUAUGUGCAGCAGGCAUUGUUUCCAUGGCAGGCGUUUCCUUACUCCCAACAACCAUCUUCAUUCCAUUUCUUCUGUUGGGAAAAUCAACAUCAGACGUCGCUCUCUUCUUGGGAGAGUGGAGACGACAAAAUAUUGUACCGUCGCUUGAACAUAGAGUCACCAGCUGCAUUGCAAGAGUGGGAACUGUCCAACUCUUUUCAGCGUUUUGUGCAACCAUUCUCCUAGGAAUUACAAUCAAAUCUUCCUUUGAGGUUAUAUUCAAUUUCUUUCUCGUGACAGUGGCAGGUUUUGCCCUUGCUUUGGUUGCGUCAUUUAUACUGGUUCCCACUUUAACAAGUUUACUCGAAAGGGAGUCAAAACCGAUAAAUUCGUUUUGCAUGAAUCCCAGUACCGAGUUUAGCCGCUUAUUGCAAGAACAAAGAAAGGUAGUAAAUAAAGCAGUUGGAAACGUUAUUAAGAACUUGCCUUGUUGGGUUACUUCACUUGGUGGGAAAGUUCUUUCUCUCUUUGUCUUGAUAUGCUUCAUCAGUUUCUGUGUCUUCUCUGCUCUACACUCAAGUGAAAGAAUUAGUGCCACAGAAAACCUUUAUCGAGAAAAUGCUAAAUUCAACGAGUUUACUGAAGCACAACAAAUGUUUUUUGGCAAACAAACGGAUGUAAGUGUCGUGUUUUCCCAGGAAAUUGAUUACUCACAAAAGAUUAACCAAGAAAAAAUGCUCCAGAUCUGUGGAACUCUUGGAAAGGCUUCUUACAGUCACGAAAGACCAGUGUGUUGGAUGGCUGCCUUGUUAAACAAUAAAAACUCGAGCUGCACGAAUUCAAAAUUUCGCCAGUGCCUUCACAGAUUUCUUAAUCGAUCUGAAAAUCUACCUUAUCGACAAGAUGUGCGUCCUAACGAGAAUAAUGUCCGUUUUCCAAUCUCUGCGUCUCGAUAUCACGUGAAGAUGGCGCUACAGAAGAGUGUAAGUAAAAACGCAGGUUCGUUCGAGAAACUGAGAGAAGACUUACGGUUUUCCUUGAAGCCUAAAGCAGCGUCGAAGACACUGUUAGAGAUUGAAGACCUUCUCUCUUUUGAAAGAGAAACUUUUCUUUCUCUCAUCGUUGCUACAGUGGUGGCAUUUGGGACUUGUCUGAUGUCUAGUUCAAGUCUUAGGUUAAGCAUCUAUUCAGCGCUAUCAUUUGACUUACUUGUGUUAGAGACAGCAGCAGUUAUGAAAAUGUGGUCAAUUCAGCUUAAUCAGCUAGUCUUCACUUCCUUGUAUUUAACAGUUGUUUUAGCACACAACCACAGCGUUCAAGUGGCUCAUUCAUUCAUUUUCUCAGACAAACAAAUGGUUAGGGAGCGCAUGAAUAAGGCUUUGGAAUCGGUUGGUUUGCCUGUGGUUCUGGCAGGCUUUCUAGAGGUCUCAGGUUCCGUUUCGUUGGGAUUUAUUUACCCAAGCCUGCAGGACAUCUUCUUUCGACUCAUUCCUGUCGUGUUUGCUUUGGGACUGAUCCAUGCUCUGGCAAUCCUGCCACCAACAGUCACAUUAUUUUUCGAGUUGAUGGACAGCUUUAACUUCCAAAAUAUGCUACCUAACCAAACGAACCAGGAAAGGAGGAAAAUGUCUAUGCAAAUUCGACAUCGUUAUGCGCCACAGGCGAUAUCUAAGCGCCCUGCAAUAUCCAUUGUCGGUAUCAGCUGCAGAUUUCCUGGAGCAAACAGUAAAGAGAUGUUUUGGAAUUUACUUGAGACAGGAAAAAGUUCCAUUCGAGACUUUCCACCACAAAGAGAAGAGCAACAUCAAACGUUUUUCCGACUUUACCACCACAAGCGCUUUGUCAGUGGACGUCACUGUGCUAUCAGGGGUUCUUACUUGGAAGACAUUCUAUCUUUUGACAACACGUUCUUCGGUAUCUCCAAUCAAGAGGCUUGUGCAAUGGAUCCCCAACAACGCAUUCUUUUGGAAGUGGUGUAUGAGGCUAUUGAAGACGCCGGAAUGCGGCUUGAGGAUCUUCAAAGAUGUAAGACAGGGGUCUUUCUGGGUGUAAUGAACCUGGAAUAUGGGACUUUGAUAACAGAUGCAUCAAAUUAUCACAAUAUCGACCAGUUUUCAUCAACAGGUAUAACAGCAUCAAUAUUAGCAAACAGAAUCUCAUUUUGCCUCAACCUCACAGGUCCAAGUUUUGCGGUUGAUACCGCAUGUUCGUCUUCUUUGACAGCACUCAAACUUGCUUGUGAUAACCUGCAUAAUGGCGAUUGUGACAUAGCGAUAGUUUGUGCACCUAACAUUGUCCUUAGCCAUACCAUGCAAAUGUUAUCCAGCAUGGCUGGUCUUUUAGCGCCUGACGGGCGCUGUAAGAGCUUUGAUGCAUCUGGCGACGGUUAUGGAAGAGGAGAGGGCUUUGCAGCAGUCGUUCUCAAGCUCUCAGAUGCAGCUUUGAAUGAUAAGGAUGAUGAAUAUUGCGCAAUUAUUGCAUGUGGUAUGAACAAUGAUGGUCAAAAUGCUGUACCAAUGACAGCGCCAAGUUCAAAGACCCAGGCUGAACUAUUCAGGAUGGUUCUUGAGCAAUCAUGUUUAAAUCCAGAAGACGUUGAUUACCUAGAGGCUCAUGGCACAGGUACUGCCAUCGGUGAUGUUAUAGAAGUCACGUCAAUCGCCGACGUCUAUUCAAGAGGAACCUCUCGACAGCUUAAAAUCGGAUCUGUCAAGUCAAACCUCAAUCAUACAGAAUCUACGUCGGGUCUGGCUGGACUCAUAAAAGUUGCGUUGAUGAUCAAAAACAACAAAUUAGUGCCAACUGUUAAUGUGCAAGUAUUGAAUCCAAAAUUGAAAUUGAAAGAUAAAGGAAUUGUCGUGCAGCAAAAAUAUGAGUCUUGGGACACACAAGGCGGAAAACCACGAAUAGGUGCCGUCAACUCUUUUGGUUAUGGUGGAUCAAACGUGCACGUUAUCCUUCGAGAAGUUACACGACAGCCAAGCUUCAAAGAUAAUGAUGGAAAAAGUAGGCGGUCACAUCAUAUCCUCACCCUUUCUGCACGUUCUCAAGAGGCUCUCAAGCGAAUGUCAAGAUUCUACAGUCAGUGGUUGGAAGAUGAAGGGGAGGAUAAUGCAACAUUUUUGGAAAACUUGUGCUACUCAUUGAAGGAACGUCGCGCUCAGUUUUCCCACCGCUUAGCAUUUCCCUUCGAAGCUUUACCCGAGGCAUCUAAGGUUUUAAAGGACUACGCCAAUGAAUCACUGGGAUUAGAACAGAAAGUUGUCUAUGGAGAGAUAAAGAGAACUGAUUCAAGGAUCGUCUUCUUAUUUGGAGGGCAAGGCUCCCAAUGGUAUGCUAUGGGAAGACAGCUAAUUGAGAUGGAACCUGUCUUCAAAGAUGCUAUUUUGACUGUCAACAAUGUAAUGAAAGAUCUGGGAAUAUCAUUAUCAAUUAUAGAUGAGAUCAUGGCAUCAGAGGAAGAAUCAAGGAUCGCAGAAAAUUCCAUCGCCCAGCCGGCUACGUUUGCAAUACAGUAUGCCACUGCAAAGCUUCUGAUAUCUUGGAGAAUCUUUCCUUCCGCUGUACUUGGUCACAGUCUUGGAGAGAUUGCUGCAGCAUGCGUCGCUGGGAUCCUAACGCUAAAGGAAGCCAUUAACCUAGUGUUAGCUCGCUCCUCUCUACAAGAUCAGUGUCCCAGAAAUGGUAGCAUGGCGGCUUUAGGUUUGUCCGAAGAAUGCGCCAGUGCACUACUAGACGAGUUGAAGCUAACUCCUACUCUUUGCAUUGCCGCAAUCAACGGUUCAGAUAGCGUGACAGUAUCCGGUGAUCGUCAAUCAGUUGAAACCUUGGGUCAGCACAUUGCGAUACACGAAAAGGCCACUUUCUGGCGUGUUCUUGGAACAAAACGUGCAUUCCACAGCUCACACAUGGAAUUCAUUAAAAGACCAUUCCAAGCAGCACUAAAGCGUAUUUCGUUACAUCCCAAGCUGUCCAAGAUUCCAAUGUAUUCUACGGUUGUGGGAGAAGUCCUUUGUGGUCAAGAGUUUAACAACGAGUACUGGUGGCGUAACAUUCGCUGUCCAGUUCAGUUUUACUCAGCAAUAAAACAUCUGCUCAAAGAUGGUUAUAGACAGAUCAUCGAAAUAAGCACCCAGCCCAUUUUAGCACAUUAUGUGCAAAAGAUUGCCCUCCAAGAAAACUUGGAAGACCAAGCAAGGCCAAUCGUUAUGGAGACCCUUCCUCGUAAGAGACUACCUGUAAACGAGCAGUGCAAGUCUUUUCUUCUAAACACAGUGUGCAAACUGUAUACACUUGGUUUUCCUAUAGAUUGGAAUUGUGUGCAGACAAUUCCUUCAGCAAAGUUUGUGCGCUCGUUAACCUAUCCAUGGCAUAAAAACACCUUUUGGUACAGAGAAAGUCCACCCCAAACCGUAAUCAAACCGAUUGAUGCGGCAUCAAGAUCAGAAAAGAAAGGUCACCCAUUUUUGGAAAAAGUAAGGCAAACAAGUCUGUGUUCAGGCCUCCAGUGCUGGGAAACUGAAAUUGACCUCCAUCGCUUUCCUUUUCUUAAAGAUCACGCUAUUAUUCAGGGGGCGACCGUGAUCCCAGGUGCUACGUACCUCGAAAUGGUCUUUGCCAUGGCGAUGGACCAAUUUGUCCAUGUUGCUGGCCUUGAACUGAAUGAUGUAAAACUCUCCAACCUCCUAACACUGCCUGAAUCACAGGUAACUUUACUACAAGAUUUUUGGUGUGAUUUCUUCCAUUUAUAGCCUUUUGAAGUAAUUUAGGAAAGUGUUAAAGAGAAGCCGCAGCUCCAUCCAUCUUCAUUAAUGGUUAAACUACACUUUAACUGUUGUAGGUUCGAUUGUUACGACUGCGCCUCCAGAAGACUAAAAGGAUUUGCGAGGCCGAUUUCAACAUAACAAACGUACAGGAUGAUCACUCAGAGAUCGUCCUAAGCAGUGGAAGAAUCUGUCUUGAUCUUCUGCAGACACAAAAGACUGGUAGCCACAAAGGUAAUCUUGAUACAUUUGUUGGACUUUCUUUUACAUCAAGUCAAUGUUGUAAAAAGCUCCUUAAACUGAAGAUAAAGAAACAGUCACACAAGAGCCUAAGCAGAAACUUGUCUUCUAUACUUCUUUCGCGCCAUUGGUACGUUUUAAUGAAUUUUAUAUUUGUAUUAGCCAUUCAUUCUGUAACUUGUCUGUUACAGGGACGUAGCUAGCGUUUCGGCUAGUUGUAGGCCUGCCUUACUUUCACUUCCACAUAUCCCGAAAAUUGCACGCAUAACUAGUACGUACUGACCUCACCAACACUUUGAGAUCCUAAGCUUUUUAGCUCACCCCAACAACGCAUAAUUUAAUACAAGCGGUAGAGGGAUCAAAAAAAAAUUUUAGGCCCGGGCCGACAGGUCCAUGGGCUGGCUACGCCCGUGUGUUAUUAUAUAGUUUUUCAUUAUUAUUAUAUUAUUACUGCAUAAUAUAGAUAGUCGUAUAAACAUAACAACUUUCUUUAAUUUCCAGACAUGUUUCGACGGUAUAUCUGUCAUCUGCAGUCUUACAUAUUUUGAAAUCGCCGUUGAAUUUAAAGCGCGCGCGAUCUUACAAAGUUCGUGACAUUGCGUUGUCAAUAUUGCGUACUAAAACCAAAAAAAAAUUAAAUGAGUGACGCUUAGUUCUUUACAGGGAGAGCGUCAGGUUAAUGUGUUUCACCUGCUGGUUGAGAUCGGGCUUCUCCCAUUUUAUAGACAUGGAUUCCGUAAGCUUCACUUGGUACUUAGUGGCUGCAGCGUCCAGGAUCUCGAAGCAAUCCGGUGUGCAGGAUGCUCUGCAAAACUCUGCACUCUGCAGAUGUUUAAAAACGUUCGAAGACCUGUCUGAAAGUAAGUGCUCGCGCACUCGUAAGGAGAAGUGUCGGCUGGUUUCACCAAUAUAACAAGCAUUGCAACUUGCACACGAAAAUUUAUAGACCUUACUCGUGCGUAGCCCCUCAGGGACAGCAUCUUUCACGUUAAAAAGAUUCCUGACUUUGAAAGUAGUAAAGACUAACCUUAAAUCAAUAGGUUUACAUAACCGGUUAGCAAGUUUGCGUAGACUCCUCUGUACCGUCGAAACAUGUCUGGAAAAUUAAAGAAAGUUGUUAUGUUUAUACGACUAUCUAUAUUGUUGCUGCUAUCUAGACCUACUGCAUAAUAAUAGUUGUUUAUGAUAUAUAUUAUCAGCAUCUAACAUGGCUGGUCCAGUGAUAAAUGAGAUUCUGACAAGAAUGGAGCGAAUGCCGAAUGAACGGUUCCGAAGAAUAACGGAGAAGUUUGGAUUCAACUACGGCCCUUCGUUCUCCAUCAUCAAAGAGAUAUGGAAAUGUGAUAGCGAGGCGCUAUGCCUGAUAGACAUCGCAGAGGCACACACCAUCCAAGAUCAAAGUGAAAGUUAUGUUGUUCAUCCGUCUAUUUUAGAUGCUUGCCUUCAGUCCUGCUUUGUUACACUGGGAACCUCUUCGAUGGAUGAUAAAUCUAUUGUGCCAGUUGGUUUCAGGCGUAUUACACUCAAUGACUUACCAUCAACCAGCCAGUUAUAUUGCCACUUGACUGCGGAUCUUUCCGAGUUCGGACGAUUUGAUGUGACACUUAUGAGUCCAAGUGGCUAUGUUUUUCUCUCCAUGACUGAUUUCCGAGUUGCAGAGUUAACAAGUUCACCGCGUCAAGCUCGUUUUGUAGAUCUUGCCUACGACGUCAUGUGGAGUGAAGCUGAGUUAACAAGACAGGAAGAGAGUGGCCCACCUCUGACUUGUAUGGUGCUCAAAGACUCCUCUGAUUUUUCAGAUCAUUUGGUCUCUUUACUUAAAGCUCGGGAAGUCAAAGUUAUCUCCGUUAGUUCUCCAGUUGGUCGAUGUUUUGAAUCGGAAGUUCAAGACAUUUUAAAAACCGCCUUUGCAGAAAUACAGACGAUUGAUUCCUCUCUGUUGAGAGUUAUCAAUCUCUGGCCUUUGGAUACAUCCCUUCUACCCGACCAUUUUGAAGUCAUUGAGCAAGCUCAACAACUAACCUUUAGCAGCUCUGUUUUCCUACUUAAGUUGUUGAUUGAAAAAGAGUUCAUGGAUUCUCGGCUGUUUCUCGUCACCGAGUUAACACAGCUUUUGAACAUCUGCGACAAUUCUAGUAAAGGUAUGUCCAUUCCAUGGGGUGCUACAGUCUGGGGACUAAGACGAACAGCGAACCUUGAAGAAUUUAACAUAAGGGUUACCACCAUUGACCUUUGUGAUAAAGAAGAUAAACGGGAACUGGACUCCUUAGUAGAUGAAGUUUUAGGUGACAGCGUGGAGGACGAGGUGGCCUUUCGAGAUAGACGACGUUUUAUAAAUCGCCUUGUCCCGUCAGAAUUACAACGGGACACCUCUAAAACAGUUAAAAGAAAAGAGAGGAAGAAUGAGGGACUACUAUAUCUUUCAAAAGUUCCUUUGUCAAAAUCGCUUUGCCUUCGCGAGAAAUGUAUCCCAAAAACAACACAAUCUGAAGUCAUUGUAGAAGUUUGCUAUUGUUGGACGCCCUCAGAAUCACUCUUUGAUGUGUCUAAACCAAAUGGAUGUGUCUUCGUGAGUGGAAAAGUCUCUGAUCUCCCUGUAAAUGGCGAGAGUACUUUGCAAAUUGGAGACAAUGUGUGUGGUGUCAUUCCCUCUGGUCGUGUUUCACGUUUCAUUUCAAUACACGUCAGUAACGUGUUUUUGAAACCUUCCAACCUGACAAUAAAGCAAACUACUUACCUUCCAGCAUGCUUGGCGUUGGCAUAUCAUGCUCUACAAAAAGCGACGUCCGGCACCGAAAGGCCAAAAGUUUUAAUAAAUGAAGCCAAUCGUGGGGCCGGACCAGCAGCAGUACUUCUGGGAAAAACACUUGGUCACAGAGUGUACUGCACAAUCUCCGACACUUGCAGCCAAUCGACCAAAUGUUUUCUUACCAAUUUGGGCGCAGAGAGUGUAAAGCGACAGAGUUAUCCGGCUUACAAUGAUAAUACGAUUGAUCAGUUUGACGCUGUUGUGUUCUUUAACCCACCGCUUCCAAAUGUCCUACAGAGGAGUGGUCUCAAUCUAAAGAGCGGAGGAAAAGUAAUUAUCUUGAGUGCUAAUUUUGAAGGCGAUGUUGUCUUUCCAGCAAAGAAGAUUUUCAGUUACGAGAGAGACAAUGUAUUAGACGUUUUACGAUCGCCGACGGCAUUUGAGAACCUAAGCAGGCAAAGCUUGCAAAUUCUGGAGAGCAAUGGAGUAUCACAACAGCUUCUGGAAAUGCCAGUUGAGUGUGUAGAUUUUGCAGCUACACUUAAAGCUACCAAUGAACUCAUCGAUAGAACAUCAUCUUUGAAAGAUAUAGUAACACCAUCCUCGGACAUUUCGUGUCUUAUACAGUCACUUGCAACAUUUGAUAGGGAACACCUUCAGGGCAUCCCAGUGCUACCCCAAGGCUUAGAUGAGUGUGGUUUGAAAGAAAAUAAAUCCUAUCUGGUUGCUGGGGGAGUGCGAGGAUUUGGUUUUGAAGUGGCUCGAUGGAUGGCAGAAAACGGUGCAAAGUCCAUAGUACUUCUCGGCCGCUCCAUGCCCUCCGAUUCCAAAAUUCAAGAGGUGCGUCAGAUUGAAAGGAGCACCGGUACAACGAUCCACAUAAUUCAGGUAGGUAUUCUUAAUCUCCCAGCCUGUACAAUAACUUUCCUGCAAAAUAGAAAUCCAUUCAUAUUGGACGUUUUUUGGUUUUUGUUUUGCAUUGUGUUUGUACAUGCAGCAUCCUAACCUUUUGUUCAGAAACGUUUUAAAGAAAAUUUCCGUAUUCUAUGAAAUUUCUCUCAGACUUAAGAAAAAAAAUAAAAAUGUGAUACUUUCAACUUAAUAACGUCUAUUGCCAAAUUAACCCUCCAUACUUGUGGUAACAUAACCCCCUGAGACAAAUACUUUCGUUUAUUUGUAAUCGUAGCUAAACAAGUUUGAGAUAAACAAAUGAAUUUUUUUGGCUUCGAUUGAGGUGAUUGUUAGAAUUGAUCACAUACUCUGAUGUUAGGCAUUAUUUCAAUUAAGUAAUGUAAAGAUUCUAGUCCAUUUUCAUUUUUUUUUUCAUUCUAGUGGCUACAUUCACCUUAAAAAACCGAUCUACAAAGGCUACCUCCUUACAACGGUCACGUACUGCCACCCACAAGCCCGGGAGCGGAGGCACUCGACUGAGUUUUAUUCGGCGAGGUUCUGCCCCGAGGUCCAACCCCUUACUCUUUUACACACCAUUUUGGACAGAAACGUUACUCCUUCCGUUUAACGUCUUGCCUUUCCCCUAACUAUCCCUUUUAACCGCUGUAAAUCUACUGUCCUUUUAAUAUUAAUAAAUCAUCUGACCGGGAAUUAAUUCAAAGUUUAUUGACUUUCUUUAAGCGAUAAAACGCAUUUUGGGUUCUUUUACAGUCCCGUAAUCUUCUCCUGAUGGGCCUAAAUGACAAAUUCCCUUAACGUUCUGUAUACUCCAACAAGAAAAAUCCCUACCCUUUCAUAUUCCUGAAGGCUGAAAAUGAUACCUCUUUCGGGCGGAGCUUCUCCGUAUAGGCCAUUACAUGGAGUAUCCCCAGGGUUUGUUGUUUAGGUUUCUGCUAUCACUCCGCAUUUCAUGUUUACUUUGACGAUGACCUUUUUGCAGGUGGAUAUAUCCAAUCAAACACAAAUGUCGUCUUUGAAAGACCGCCUUCAGUCUCUUCCAGAUGUCGUAGGCAUUGUACACACUGCUAUGGUUCUUAGAGACGAAUUCCUCAAAGACUUGACAUCACAGAGUUUUAAUGAAGUUAUGGGCCCAAAGAUCAAAGGUAAGACGUCAAACUAAAUCGGCCUAUAGGUCUUACCUUUCACCGAAUUACUAAGAACUUCGCAAAAAAGUUAUUUGCUUUCAGAACAAAAUUUCAAGAAAUCUAAAUAGACGUUUUGUUAUUAACUACAACGUACUGAACUACAUAUUAUUUUCCAGGACCUUUCAAACUAACAAAAAGGGGCCAACAAGAAAACCUCGCAUUUCCUUUAGCCUCAUGGUUCUGAUGAGUUACUCUUAGAUUUACCUUUUUUUCCUUUCUUUAAUAAUUGUAAUGUACAUAUUCAUAUAAUAGUAAAUAAACGCUGGGUGAUUGAUUGAUUGAUUGAGUAAUUGUCGACUAAAGCAAGAUGCUUAGUUUCAGUUAGGAUAUGCCCAAGACAACAGAAGCAGCUCUUCAAAAAUUUUAAAUCGUUUUGGAUGUUAUAAAAGUUCUUUGGGCACAAACGACAUUUUUUCAGUUCGGUGCAGUUUUCACUUACUUAAUGUGAAAAUUUGAUUUUUAGGUUCUUUCUUGCUACACCAAAUGAGCCUUGAAAUGGAUCUGGAUUUUUUCGUGAUGUUUUCGUCCAUGGCGUCGAUUGUGGGUAACAUGGGGCAAUCCUCAUACUCGGCCUGCAAUGCUUUCCAAGAUUCUCUUGCUCAAUACCGCAGGCAUUUUCUCGGUCUUCCCGGGCUGGUAAUAAACUGGGGACCAAUUAGUGGAGCUGGUGUAAUGGAAAGAGAAGCAGGGGUCGCGAGAUUGCUUACGUUGGCAGGCUUGGGCUUUGUUGACGCCAAGGAAGGUAGGUUGAAACUUUCUGGAAGUGUAUAUAGUCUUUCAGCAAAAAUAUUGUUGAGGUUUUUGAAUAAAAAAACAUUACUACGGUUUUAAAUAUUUGUCACUUGGAUUUCGAUCAGUUUUGAGUGUCUGAAAGUUUAUUGCUUGUGAACGUAAUUAUCUUUGAGGACAGCAUAAAACGCAAUUUUUAACUUAGUUUCUAAACUUCAGAGUUCGCGUGUUAUUGAAAAAGCCCAAUGAUUAACUAUACUGCGAACGUUUUUUAAAACGUUCGCAGUAACGUUCGCAGUCAUGAUAAUUUAAAAAUUAUCAUGACCUGGCAUUCAUAAUCAGUCAUAAUUGCAUGUCUUCUUAAUUACAGUAGGGCUUCAUUCAGGAAUGGCCAACUGACUGCUCGGCAUAGGUUGACUGUUUGAUCAGAAGACAGAUGUUAAGGCCGAAUUUGCUGUACGAAAAGAAAAUUAAAUAAAUAAAAUACCAGUAUUUUGAGUUACUUGACAUCUGCUUUAAAAACAUUCGAGGCAUAGUAUUUCUUAUACUUCUUUAUACUGUAGCUUUAAUUUUUGGAUGUAUUAUCUUCAAAGGUGUUAAACACAUGUUCAAAGUGUUAACUGAGGAGCCAGGUCGCUGUCAGAUCACAUUACUUGAUGUAGACUGGCCUCGAUUCUUAAAGAGCAAUGAAGGGCUGAGGAAAACUCCGCGACUUUCUAUUAUCAGAUCAUCAGUAAAUGUAUCCAACAGUGGAACGAACUCAGCUGAGUCUUUAGCACAAAGAAUUGUUUUAGAAAAGGAUGGUGAGAAGAGGGCACAGCUUAUCAAAGAAUACGUCAGCGUUUCAAUGGCUGAAUGGACUGGAAAUACUUCGACCUCAGAGACUGAUCUCAAUACCAGCUUGUAUAGCUAUGGAGUUGACUCUACCGCAGCCUUGACUUUGAAGAUGCAGCUUGAAAUAAAUCUGCCCGUUUCGUUUGAGGUACACUUUUACUCUUUGUUUUUAAGAUUACCUAUAAUUUGUGCUCUGCAAACUAGCAUACAACUGUGAGUCAUUCCUCCUGGUCUGGUUUGCAGAGCGUUGGAAGGGUGUGAUGAGGCAUGGUGUUUUGGUCUGAAAGUACAAUGUAAUUUGGAUGGGAACCCUACAGCUAAGGGUAGCCUUUGCCGUUUUAUUUGAAAAGCUCAAAAAAGAGAACUUCCGUUGCAGGUCUUCUACUUCAUGCAGCCAGACACAACUCCCCUAAAAUUGGCAAGGGACAUAACUGAAAAGAUGAAUGAACGAAGUCAAGGAACCCUUCCAUCCAAGGAACAGCCUCAAAAUAGUAGCAGACAAGACGCUGAACAUGAUGAAGUAUCACCUAUAAAUGACGUUACAAUUGAAGUAUCUACUAUAAAUGACGUAUCUAAAAGCCAAAUACAAGUUGUACCGCUGUACACUCCAGAGGGCUCAGCCAUAAAGUUUUUCUGUGUCCAUCCGUCCCAUCGUUACGCGAUGAGUUUGGUGCCGAUAGCAACAGGAUUUCAAGGACAGGUAAACUAA